AUGGCCUUUGUCACACCUCUUGAUGCUACCCAUCCUGAUUUCGAUGCCUUAAAGACAGAGUAUCAUCCUAAUGCUUGUCAUGAGCCUGUAAUCAAAUGUUUUUCUGCAUUUGGGCAUGCUCAUGCUAACAACAUGAGGCCAUGCAUUGAUGAUGAAGCACCAUGGAUUCCAUUCAAAUCUUGUGCAGACUUCGAGAUAUUAGAUGGCAACACUAAUUUUACUUUAAGAUCUCAUGCUGAUCUGUCGAGAGCUUGGGAUCUUGCAGCAGGCCAGAUGACUCCAUUUGAGAAGUAUAUUGUUCCUGUCCAGCAUAAGAAGGAGGUCUUGGAGUUUGAGAUGCAUGCAUGGCCAUUAUGGGACUGGACAAUGGAUUUGCUUAGUGAACCAUUAUUGGGACCGCACUUUGUAUGGGAUACAGCUGACCACUGGUGGUAUAUCCAGUUGUCAUUACCUAGUAAUGAAGCCCCAUUUGCCAUCAUACUAUAUGCAGACAAGACCCAUUUGUCCUUGUCUGGCGCAGUCAAGGGCUACCCUGUUAUUGCUCACUUAGUAGGCUGGCUACCUAUUGUCCCUGAAGAUUCUGGAGGAGAUGGAAAACUAAGCCAUACAAAUCUCAAACACAUCGUCUGGCAUGAAUCAUUCUUCAAGUUACUUGAGUCCAUCAUCUUGUAUGCAAAGACAGGAUUCAUGCAUGAGUGCCAUGAUUGCAUCACACAUUGGUUAUUCCCUUUGAUCCUUCUACUUUCAGCUGGUUAUGAGGAGCAGUGCAUGAUGGUGCUAAUAUGGGAGACACACUGCAACUGCCCAUGCCCUGUCUGCCUCAUCCCCUCAACAAAACUAUAUGACCACACCAUGAUGUACCCUCUCUGGACUACUGAAGAAGUGCAAGCUCAUGUUCAGCUUGAGAACCAUCUAGGUUCUUACAAAGUGCUGAAAGAACAAGGUUUGAGACCUGUCAAGAAUGUGUUUUGGAGAGUUCCAAAUUCAGACCCGCAUGAAAUCAUUUUGCAGGAUUCACUUCACUUACAUAAGUUCAAAGACCUUAAGAAACACAUAGAGGACCUGGGGCAUGAAGCACUGAAAAUGGUUGAUGAUCAGUUUGAUGCCUUUCAACAAUGGCAAAAUCUGAACCAUUUUGAUCAUGUCACUAACAUUUCAUUUAGCAAUGGAAACAAAUUUCAAGACAUCUCCAAGAUUUUGUAUACAUCUCACAAUGUACUCACACAUAGUAAGGACAAGACUGGCUAUGGGCUCUUGUGGUGCAUUGCAAGCUAUCUUGAACUUGAUAUGUAUAUUUCACUUGAUGUGCACACUAUUGAUACCAUUGCAGCUGGGGAAGCAGAACUACUGGUAUAUCAAAAGCUCUUAGAGGAGUAUCUUGAUCUAUUAGGUGAUGAAAGAAUGAAGAAUUGGAACUUCCCAAAGGUACAUGGUGGGAAGCAUAUAUUCCACAAUCAACAUAGCCCUAUCAAGCGCACAUAUUUGCACCAGACCAAUCACAAAGAUGUUGCUAACCAGCUUUUGAAAUUGAAUCAUAUUUCCCUUGUCUCUGAGCUCAUCCAUAGUCACAUCAACCACCUUGAUGAAGAACACCUCAGAUGCAUUGUAUCAGAGAGAGAGCUUGAAGAUGAUGAAAAUGAGAUCAAGGAUGAUCAGAUGUUUGCAGGCCACAUCCACCUUGGUUCCCCACAGCAUCUCAUAGGUUUUGCCCUAGUAGAGGAAGCAUAUAGUUCAAAUUGUGCAUUUGCACACUUCCAGAAGAAGUUCACCAUAUUCCUCAAUAACUUCCUCCCUUCUAACAAUAUACCAUUGCCUAAUGGUUUGACCUGGCUAAGACCAGCAGCUGAGGAUACAAUCAAAUACUGCUACCUCAAAAAAUUGGCCACCAACUACCUUAGAUGUAACCCUAGUUUCCAUGGCCAUGAAUGGCAUGAUUGUGCACUGAUACAUACCCAUGACAAGGAUGACAAUGACCAAAACAUUUUUGUCCAGUUGCUGUUCAUGUUUAAGUAUGUUGUUGUUCAGCCCAUGGACUCCCCACUCAGUAUAUGA